UCUGCCAUCGUCCCGUCCCCUGUUUGAUUCUUCGCCGAUUAAGUUCUCCCGACAGCGGGAGCGUGGAUCAUUCCUUACGUUGCUGUGCUUCACUUCCCCGUGAGUGGCUUCCCAUCGAACCAUCCCGAUUUGGUUGAUUGGAUUGUCCUUCCGCUGAGAGCAGUGGUUGCCGGUUUGGUUCGGAUUCCGAGGUAAGAGGUGCGAGUUUCGGUGGUUGGGUCUGUUUGCGGGGAUCGUCGGCAGCGAUAUCCGGAGUCUGUGUAAUUGCGGAAUAUUGAAGGGCGCGUGUGAAGAGCGUGCAAUCAUGAAGCGCGGAGACCAUUUGCAGCAAGCGGCUGCUCCGCUGAACAACUACCAAUUCGACUUCGGGCUGCCGGGUAUGCCGAAGCCGAGCGGGAGUUUGAAAGAGCAGAGGGCGCAAUCGCAGAGUUCCACAGCGCAAGCAUCCGCAGGUUGGUCCGCCUCUCCGGGAGGGUGGUCGAGCGGGUCUGGGUCAGACGCGGCGUUCAAUUUUCUUGGGGGAGGUAGUGUGGGAGGAGGUAGUGUUGGAGGAGGUCCUAAGCGUGACGGAGGUGGUGACGGUAUUUCUCAGAAGGGGUAUGGUGUGUCGAGUGCAUACGAUUUUUUUGGGCAGUCUAGUCCGGCGGGAAGAGGAGGUGGUGGUGGGUAUUACGGGAGUGCGAGGCCACAAGUCGGCAAUGUGAGCGGGGUGAGUAGCUUCACGAACCAAACAGGGUCGCAGGGGAUUAAGGGAGGAGCGGAUGUGUCCGGGAACGGUUGGGGCCUAUCCACGGCGUCCAAACUAGCGUCCGCAGGAAUUCCUGGGUACAAACCGUCAAGUAAAGAGGAUGUGUUUGGGGACUUGCUGGGUGGUGCGUUAGGUGGCAAGUCGUCGGCUCCGUUGAAGCAGCAGCAGCAGCAGCAGAAUGUGGCAGCAGGGAAUGGAGGCUCCGGAAUGGGCAGGAUGGGGGCAGCAAUGCCAGAGGUGACGAUGGCUCCGGCGCGAGAGACGAAGGGUGCGGCAGCGAAACCGGCACCAUUCUCAUACACUGCGAUGUUCAAGAGCCCGUCAUCGUUCAAGCCGAAGGCUGCGGCGACGCCAAUGGCAGAGGUUCGGGGCGGUGAUCCGUUUGCGGACAUAUCGUUCUCGAAGCCUGAGGGAAUCGCUCCAUCGAGCGACCCGUUUGCUUUUAUGGGCAAGCAGCAAAGCGCCCCUCCUCGUGGGGCUCAUUCUGCGAGCGUCCCCAGGUCGGAUCCAUUCGGCAGCUCUGGAGGAGGGGAGCAGUUGGAUUCACUUUUCGGGAUCGGCUCGUCGAGUUCCGCGUCGAAGGCAGCUCAGGCGCACGAUGGGUGGGGCGAUGUGUUCGGAGCGGCCGCAGAGGUGCAGUCGUUUGAGAACGAGGCCGCGACAACAGAGCUGGAAGGCGUGGGUGGUGCACCAGUAGGGGUGACGGGCAAUUCGGCCUUGGAGAAGGGCACCUGUUUCUACAAGGAAGGGCAGUUCCCGAACGCUAUCAAGUGGUUUUCAUGGGCGGUGGAGGUGCUGGAGAAGGAGAAGGGAAGCAAGGGUGCCAUCGUAGAAGUGCUAACGAAGAGGAUGUCGUGCUUCAAGGAAAUUGGCGAAAUGAAGAAGGCAAUAGCAGACUGCACAAAGGCAUGUGAAUUGGAACCAGGCAGUGUGGAGCUGCUGAUGCAGCGAGCGCACUUGUACGAGAGCUGUGAGAAGAUCAAGCUGGGGAUCGCGGACUUGCGGGAAGUAAUGAAGAUACAACCCGGGCAUCGCGUGGCGUCUCAGACGCUUGCAAGGCUGCAGAAGAUGCUUUGAUGAGGUUGGCACCGCUCAUGUGGAGACUUCGUACAUCUGCGAACAGAACUUCUGGAGCUACCACCCCUCAUCGAGCUCCGCGACUCACAGCUGGGGUUAGAAGAAAAUCGGCAGCACAUUGUGUUGUGAAUUCAGAUUACCGCCGCGGGUAUGAGUAAGUGUAAGUGUAAGUGUAAGUGAAUAGAUACGCUGAUGGCGCACUUGUAUGAGAGCUGGUUUUAGGGGUAGGAAAGCGGGGCGAAUGGAAUCAUGGAGACUGUAAAGUAGUACUGGUUGUUUGUGCUUGUCGCGAACAUGUCAGAUGUGGGAUAUUGGGUGUGGUUGGCGCAACUUGUAAAGCCAUGAAUGCAUUUUUUGGUACCA